AUCAGUUUCGUUUUACAGUUCAUAGUCUUAAGUAGUCAAAUCAUCCUAAACGCACAAUUCAUCUAUUUAUAACACUCUUUUAAUUAUUUAGUUAAUAAAAAUGAAAUCCUCUCUAGUAACAUUAGCCAUUCUGGUGGCUGUUGUAUCAGCAGAUGUGUCCCAUUUGACCAAUCACUAUUUGCCGCCAAAUUAUCAACAAUAUCAUCAUCACCACCAUCCUGAAGGUCUACAAAUUUCAAUACAUCAUAAUAAUAGACCUUCUAAUGAACGUGUUGAAACAACAAUAGAAAAACAUGAAGUGAUUGAAUUACCAACACAAAUUGAAAUCAUCAAAGAGGGACAACCCAUCUAUGGUGUACAUUCAAAAUCCAUGGAUCUAAAAAUGUCUUCUAAAAACGACAAACAUGUACCCGAAGUAAGAUCCCAUUAUUUGUCACCAGCACAAGAAAUUGAAAACCUACAGGCACCUCAAGUUCCUUACGAAAUGCCCAUGCGAACAUAUUUGCCACCUGUUGUGAAAGAAAUAACUACUACAGAUGUGCCACCAACAACAACAACUUUGCCACCCACCACUACCAACAGCCCUUCAUUGGAAGAAGAAACAACUACUGAACAGCAAUACACAACCGAACAAAAUAUAAAUUAUUAUUCCAUGACUACCACUGAAAUGCCAACCCAAGAACAAGAAUCUUUCGAAACAUCCACUUCUCCACCCGAAUCCGUAACAGUGCCUGAAAAUCGCUAUCUACCACCCAUGCAAAUUAUGCCACAAAAUCAAUAUCUUCCUCCUUUAGGCAUGAUGUUACCACCUCCGGAACCCAUGCCCCAGCUUACAUAUCAGGAGUAUCAGGAACAAUUAAUGCAAGAACAGCACAAAGAACAGAUGUAUCGCCAACAAGAAAUGCAAGAAAUGAUGGAUGCAAUUUCCGAAAUGGAGCAACAGCAAAUGAUUGCUUUAGACCCACACCAGCAGCCAAUUGCUCCGGUAGAGCCUGCACAUGUUCUACGCGAAGAUGGUUAUCAUUAUAAAACAUCUGAUGAUAAUUUGAGACGUUAUCGGUAUCGCCAUUAGAAAAUAUUUAGAGAGAUAGAAAUGCACUUGUUGUUUAAAUAAAACUUGUUAUUUUAAAUUGUUAAAAUUCAGA